UGCCUGCCACGCCCACGCCCACGCCCACGCGCCACGCAAACACUAGCGGCAGAGUUCAACCGUGUCCUCCCCGCUCCGUGCCUCCGUGCAACCAUCGAACCAAACCUGCCACCGCUCGGUUCUCGAAUCCACUCCUUGACCUGUGCGGCGUGCCCGUGCCCGUGCCCCGCCGGAACAUCGAUCGCAUGGCCUGCGCCGGCGCCGCGCGGAAGGUCUCGGCGGUGCUCUACCACUACCCGUGCCCGGACGGCGCGUUCGCCGCGCUCGCUGCUCACCUCUAUUUUUCCGCCGCCGCCCACCCGGUCCGCUUCUUCCCCAAUACCGUCUACGACCCCAUCAGGAGUGAUUCACUUCCGUUGGAAGAAAUAAAAGAGGUCUACCUUCUUGACUUUGUGGGACCUCCCGGUUUUGUUGAAGAUAUAUCCACUAAAGUCGAAAGAGUAACGAUCCUGGACCAUCAUAAGACUGCUUUUGAAAGUUUGUGUGGGAAUGCCACACUUGGGCAAAAUGUGACCAAGGUGCUAGACAUGCAGCGUAGUGGUGCGACAAUUGCAUUUGACUUCUUUAGAAACAAGCUCUUGACAGAAGUUAGCACCUUACGGGGUAAUAAAAGUGGUAAAGAUGUAGCCGAGGUCAAAUAUGUACCUGACAACAAGGUCGAAACAGUGCACAAGCUUUUCAAGUUUAUUGAAGAUGGGGACUUAUGGAGAUGGAAAAUUCCAAAUAGCAAGGCCUUUAGCAGUGGACUUAAAGAUUUGGACAUUGAAUUCAAUGUCAAUGCAAACAGUAAAUUGUUUGAUCAGUUGCUGGAGUUGGAUCCUGAGUGUGUCGUUUCCCAUGGACAAGCAACAUUAUUAGAGAAGCAAAGAUUAAUAGAUGAUUGUCUGGAGAAAUCCUAUGAAAUUUCCCUGGGAUAUGGCCAGUUUGGGAAUUGUCUGGCUGUUGAUGCUGAUGCUAUUUCAAAUUUGAGAAGUGAACUUGGAAAUCAACUAGCUAGCAAGAGCCGUGAUUUGAAUCUAAGGGGUAUUGGGGCUGUUGUAUACAAAGUCCCUGAGUUGAAUAAUGAACAGAUGCUGAAAAUAAGUCUAAGAAGUUUAGAACAAGAAGACACAACUUGUAUCUCUCAGGAAUAUGGUGGUGGGGGACAUCGGAAUGCAAGCUCGUUUAUGAUGAGUGUGACUGAGUUUGACAGGUGGAAGGUCGGAGCUGGACCUUCUCGAGCAAAAGAUUGUGCUGAUGCUGCUGUGGCUGUACUGAAGAAUGUGAACGCAAGAAAUGUGUCUCCACAAUUCAGGCUCAGGAAUGGUGCAUGUUGGAUGUGAUGAAGAACAAGUUGCUUGGACUCUGGAGGCAUCUGCGGUCGCACUUCUGAAUUCUGACGCUGAUUGUUCUUCUGUAUAACGGGUUAUUGCUAUUGUGAAAUUCUCCUGUACAGAAGGAAUUUAAUUUGUGGUCUUGUUUAGUUUUGAAUUUUUUUUGAAUUUGGUUACUAUAGCAUUUUGUUUUAUUUGGCAAUUAGUGUCCAAUUAUAAAUUAAUUAGAUUCAAAAGAUUUGUCUCGC